CCUUGGCGUGCACAGCCGGCCCGCGCGCAGCCAGCCCCCGCGGCCGCCGCGCAGUCGCCGCCGCCGGUCCCGCCGCCCAGCCGGGCCCCAGGACCCCGCGGCCCGACCCCGAGCCCAGUGAGCAGGGGGCGCCGGCCGCUCCUAGCCCGCGCGCCCGGAACAGGCGGCUGGUUCUGCGCGCCUCGCCCGGCGCUGCGCGCUCUGCAGACCCCUGUCCUCUCCCGUCUUUCUUCUCCUCCCCUCUCUCACUUUCUCCUUUGCUUUUAUUGCUUUUCCCUCUUGCUGUACCUUCCUCCAUCUCUCCCUCUCCUUCCUUUCUCCUUUUUCUCUUUCCACCUUCCUCUUAUUCCCACCUUGGACAUCCCUUUCUGUCCUCACCACCUUCUUCUCGACCCCUCUCUGACUCUCCACUGUAGCGGCAGCCCUCCCUGGGUGUGUGGAUUGCUUUGUGGCCCCUGUGCCUCAGUGUCCCCCUCAUCUCACUUUCUCCCCACUCCCCUCCCGGCUCAGCGCCUGGCGGCCUGGCCCUGGGGGAAAGAAGGAUGGUUCCCGAGGUAAGGGUCCUCUCCUCCUUGCUGGGACUCGCGCUGCUCUGGUUCCCCUUGGACUCCCACGCUCGAGCCCGCCCAGACAUGUUCUGCCUUUUCCACGGGAAGAGAUAUUCCCCCGGCGAGAGCUGGCACCCCUACUUGGAGCCACAGGGCCUGAUGUACUGCCUGCGCUGUACUUGCUCUGAGAGUGCCCACGUGAGUUGUUACCGCCUGCACUGCCCUCCUGUCCACUGCCCGCAGCCUGUGACAGAGCCGCAACAGUGCUGUCCCCGGUGUGUGGAACCUCAUACUCCCUCUGGGCUCCGGGCCUCCCCAAAGUCCUGCCAGCACAAUGGGACCAUGUACCAACACGGAGAGAUCUUCAGUGCCCAUGAGCUGCUCCCUUCCCGCCUGCCCAACCAGUGUGUCCUCUGCAGCUGUACCGAGGGCCAGAUCUACUGCGGCCUCAUGACCUGUCCGGAACCCGGCUGCCCCGCGCCCCUCCCGCUGCCUGCCUCCUGCUGCCAGGCCUGCAACGAUGGGUCAAGUGAGAUAUCAACUGAAGAGGACUCCACGCAGUCACACCGUGGGGUGAGACAUUCCCAGGAUCCGUGUUCAGGGGACAGCGGGAGAAAGAGAGGCCUGGGCACCCCAGCCCCCACUGGCCUCAGCUCCCCUCUGGGCUUCGUCCCCCGCCACUUCCGACCCAAGGGGGCAGGCAGCACGACAGUCAAGAUUGUCCUGAAGGAAAAACAUAAGAAAGCCUGCGUGCAUGGUGGGAAGACGUACUCCCAUGGGGAGGUGUGGCACCCAGCCUUCCGCUCCUUCGGACCCCUGCCCUGCAUCCUGUGCACCUGUCAGGACGGCCGCCAGGACUGCCAGCGGGUGACCUGCCCCACCGAGUACCCCUGCCGUCACCCGGAGAAAGUGCCCGGGAAGUGCUGCAAGAUUUGCCCAGAGGACAAGGCAGACCCUGGCCACAGUGAGAUCAGUGCCACCAGGUGUCCGAAGGUGCCGGGCCGAGUCCUUGUCCACACGUCAGUAUCCCCAAGCCCAGACAACCUGCGUCGCUUUGCCCUCGAGCGUGAGGCCUCUGAGCAGGUGGACAUCUACCUCUGGAAGCUGGUAGAAGAUGAGGAAACUGAGGCUCAGAGAGGUGAAGUACCUGGCCCAAGGCCACACAGCCAGAAUCUUCCACUUGAUUCAGAUCAAGAAAGUCAGGAAGCAAGACUUCCAGAAAGAGGCACAGAACUUCCGGCUGCUCACCGACACCCACGAAGGUGGGACCUCGGGCUGAGGACUGGGGCCUGGGAAGAGAGCCGGGCGAGAGGCUGGGGCCUCGUGGAGAGUUCCAGGCUGCUGGUGCCGGGAGGGGGGGCUGUCAGCACAGACGUCAGUUCCCGGCACAGGAAUCCAGUGGGCGUCUGCGCCAGAGAUUUCCCAAUUCGGAGCUCAGAAGCGGGAGGGUGAAGCAGAGCCAGCUGGAUUGGGUCUUGGGGGUGGGGGAGACGGGGCUGUAGAGGAGGGAGGUCUGAGCCCCCAAACCUGGAGCUGCCUACUCCCUCUGUACUGGAACUCUCCUCGCCACUGUGCUCCCAGUGCCCUUACUGUGCUCUACACGACUCUGAGGAAGAGGGACCCAGGGGGGGCUUCAGGUGGAGGAGAGGGAGGCACAGAUACGAGCCUCACCAGCAGGUGUCAGGAAAGCAGCCCAGCCCCCAAAGGUGGUUGCAGGGUCAUGCGCCAGAACUGAUGGGGAUACGGGGCAUGAUGGGGAUACCCACCCCCUUCCUCCCUGUGGGCUCCAAACCCAGGCCCACCCAGUCCUCCUUGCCCUAAGUUUUUCCCACUCCAGUCACUCUGCCCCUGUUGUGUGCAUGUGCACACA